GCACGGGUGUGGCACUACUUACGGGCCGUGCCGACUAUAAUAAGCAAGUAGUGUAUCCAUCCAAUCCUUGCCGCCCCCACAUUCAACUGACUUUUUCUCUCCCACUUAUAUCUUCACAUCCCAAGAAACUGAAAAAAAGAUUGCACAACACAAUGGCGCAAGACAGAAUUGUUUUACAUUAUCUUAAAGAUUCUCGUGCUUCGAGAAUUGUGUUUCUCUUCGAGGAAUUGGGACUCGAAUAUGAGAUCAAAGCUUACGAGUGGACACCAGAGCUUGUGGCGCCCCCGGAACUCAAGCUGGUAUGGCCCCUUGGAUUAUCUCCCGCAGUUCAGAUAUUUAAAGCCGAUGACCCAGAGCCAAUUGUGUUGGCGGAAUCGGGACAAAUCGUGCAGUUCAUCUUGAACAAUUACGAUUCAGAAGGAAAGUUCAAGCCGGAAUCCAUGCGUGACCAGGUCUUGGUUGACUACUACUUACAUUUUGCUGAGGGCACCUUGGAACCUCAUAUUGUCUCUCUUUUAGUGGGCUAUGUUGCGUCUCAACGGGCGCCUUUUGGUUUUGGAUGGCUCGUCAAGCUCGUCUUGAGUCAGAUCAACAGCCAGUUUUAUCUCAGAAAACUCAAAACCGCAUUGGCGUUUUUGAACAGUCAGUUGGAGGCAAAGGACGGAGGCUACUUUGUGGGCAACAAGUUGAGUGGAGCCGAUUUCAUCUUGGAUUUUCCUAUUAACGAGAAUCUUUUUCUGAACCCAUACAAGGUCAAGAGAUUGGGCAUUGACAUCGACCCUUCAAAAGAUUACCCUCGUUUAGUCGAGUGGAACAAACUCAUUACAGAGAGGCCUCUCCAUGUGAAAGCCCUUGAGAAGAAAGCCAGUGUGAUGAAAAACAAGCGCGGUCUUUUGGGAUGAUCCAGCGAGAGUAUGAAUUUUAAAAGUUUU